AUGCCUAAGGUUAACAAGCGCAAAGCUCAAGCUCAAUCUGCUUCAUCGGUGAUUCGAAAAGAAGAGGAAGAGAAGGAUGUCGAAAGUUUUGAGGAGAAAUUGAAAGAACACGAAGUGGAAGAGACGAGUGUGGAGGAGGAGGAUGACGACGAAGAUGAGGAAGAAUAUAUUCCGGAGAAAGAUGAUACGCUACUCAUGGAGCGCUACUCAUGGAGCAAGUCAGAGUGGAUUGUUAUUUCUCAAAAGUUUUCUGCUGUACAGUUGACGUCAAAAAUCUUUAAAGGAAUUAAUUAUGAACAAAUAACACACUCGUGUUUUAAUUUAUCUAAAUUUACAUUUAUGACAUCUGGAUCCUGUCAAUCGGUUUCAAACAAGAAUAAUUGUUCUUCCUAUCGAUAUACAGCGGAAUUAAUCCCAUUGAUACAUUCCUUUACAAAUUUAAAAGAAUUAAGGUUAAAUAUAUCAGGUAAUAACAACAAUGAUAUUGAUCUAUUAAAUGGCCAUUAUCUAAAACAAAGAAUCUUAAUUAAUGAUUUUAAAUUUCAUAUUUGCUUAACUAAUAACGAUCUUGAUAGGUGUACAAAUAGUAUUUUAUCAACAUGGGAUUCAUUUUCAGUUGGUUUACAUAAAAUAAAAGUUUUGAACUCAGUAAGAUAUUAUUUAUUUUCAUUACCAUAUCAAUUUGAACGAUUGUCACUAUCUUCAAACUUUUUACAAUAUAAAACUAAUAGUGACAAUAAAAAUUUAAUUGAAACUUGGAAAAAUGUAAAACAUAUUGUUUUUGAUCCUGAUCUUUCAUCGUAUUCAUCAGAUAUAUUUAGUUACAUUAAAAAUUUCUUUAUUAAUGUUAAUGAAAUAACAAUUCAUCGUGUAUUUUUAUUAGAUAAUUUUAAUUUAAAUAAUAAUCGAUAUAAAGAACAAAUAUGUGAGCGUAUUGAAAUAUUAAAUAUACAUUAUAUAAAAAAUAAUUUAUUAUGUAAGUAUGUAAUAUUAUUGAUGCCAAAUAUUAAAGAAUUAAAAUUACCAAAUUAUAAAAACCUAUUAGAAAUAACAAAUGGUUUUCAUGAUAUGGAUUUAUUUCAAAUAUUUAAAAAAAUUAAAAUUUUAGAAUUUCUUUUUGAUAAUAAUGAAAUAGUCGUUAAACCAAAAGAAUUUUAUGAUUAUUUAUUAGAAAUAAAACAUUUGUAG